GCAGAUCUCAGGGGCCCUUCCCUUAUUUUGGGAGGCGGAGUUGAGCGGAGCCUCAGCUAGAGUGGAGAAAACUUCUUCCUCUUCCUUUCUGCUUGUUUUGGGGCUGUAAAAGGGGUUCUGGGAGACACAAUGAAUAACCCUAUACCAUCCAACUUGAAAUCAGAAGCAAAAAAAGCUGCCAAAAUAUUGAGAGAAUUCACAGAAAUAACUUCCAGAAAUGGACCUGAUAAGAUCAUUCCUGCCCAUGUAAUUGCCAAGGCUAAAGGUCUUGCCAUCCUCUCAGUGAUAAAAGCUGGAUUUCUGGUUACUGCUCGAGGUGGCAGUGGGAUUGUACUGGCUCGCCUUCCAGAUGGAAAAUGGUCUGCCCCUUCUGCCAUUGGAAUAGCUGGACUUGGUGGUGGAUUCGAAAUUGGGAUUGAGGUGUCAGAUUUAGUCAUUAUAUUAAAUUAUGAUAGAGCAGUGGAAGCUUUUGCAAAAGGUGGUAACCUUACACUUGGUGGAAAUUUUACUGUGGCUGUUGGGCCUUUGGGAAGGAAUUUAGAAGGAAAUGUUGCAAUCCGAAGCUCAGCUGCUGUCUACACAUAUUGCAAGUCACGCGGUUUGUUUGCUGGGGUAUCUUUAGAAGGAAGCUACUUGAUUGAAAGAAAAGAAACUAAUAGAAAGUUUUACUGUCAGGAUGUUCGUGCCAGUGACAUUUUAUUUGGAGACAUGCCACAGCCGGCUCAAGCAGAAGAUCUUUAUGAAAUUCUUGACUCAUUUACUGAAAAAUAUGAAAAUGAAGAGCAACGAAUUAAUGCAAGGAAAGCAGCAAGGGAACAGAGGAAGGCUAAAGACAUACCUGUCAGACCAUCCUCUAGGCCAAAGAAAACACCUGCAUCCCUCCAGUCAAACUCCGACUCACAAGGUAGCAGAAAUGCUCACAAACUUUAUCCUGAACUUCCCUGUUAUCCAGACACUGGUGGUAAUUCAAGUCAGCCAGUAGAAGUAACAGCACUAUAUUCUUUUGAAGGGCAGCAACCAGGGGAUUUGAAAUUCAAAGCUGGAGACCGGAUCACAGUAAUAUCCAAAACAAAAUCACAUUUUGACUGGUGGGAAGGAAGUCUUCGAGGUCAAACUGGCAUUUUUCCAGCCAAUUAUGUUUCACUGGAUUAAGCAUUAUUCAUUUCUCUUUUCUUUAGUAAAAUUAAUAAAUAAAAUGAUGCCACUAUCAUGCUAGGAAGACUAAUCAUUUAUGAACUAUUCUAUAACUAGGUGGUGAAACUGUAAAUAUGUGCUUUUGAAUCUUAAGUAUGUGAAAUUGUAUAUUAUCUAUAUAAAUAUAUAUACUGAUUUUUAAAAAAUGUUUUCUUUCUUACAACAUCAUAGUUAGUCCAAAUAUUCAUCCCCACCCUCCUUCCCAGAGAGCCAUCUCAUAUAAUAAAUAGUAUUUUUUAGAGAGGAAAAAAAGAUCAGCACAGGUAAUCUGUACAUUUCAAUACAUUGAAACAGUCUGAAAACACAUUUAACACUUGUAGAGUUCUUAUCUACAAAAAGGGUAGUUUGGGAUGUCUUCUCAUAUCUCUCCAAUUUAUUGCUACUUGAUCUUUUCAUUUACUUUUUACUUUUUUGGUUUUUUUGGGUAUAUAGUUCUUUCCACUUAAUUAUAGUUAUUCUGUUUUGUCAUUCCUCAAUCUAUGGGCAUCUGCUUUGUUUCAAAUUCUUAUCUAUCAUAAACAAUGCUACUUUAAUAAUUACUCAAUUAGGGACUUUUUUUGUGUGUGUGUUGAUGACUUCCAUGGAGUUAAUGGAGUUUGGAGUUUCUGUUUUGAAGGCUAUAGGCAUUUUAGUUAUUUUAUUGUCCUAAUUCUAAAUUGUUUUCCAAAAUGGUUGUCAUUUCACAGCACUACUAAAAAUGUGUUCGUGUGCUUAAGAUUCCACAAGUAGCCCAACAUUAACUGUUGCCAUUUUCUGUCAUUUUUGCCAGUGUUCAUGAUGUUAUGAAAAAUCUCAGGCUUGUUUUGAUUUGCAUUUCUUCUGUUAUUACUGAUUUGGAGUAUUCUUUCAUGUGAUUGUGGA